CACGCGAGCAUCUGUGAUACGCAAAAGAACUUCAUCUAAAGUGACAAGUCCACAACUAUAUACCACUCAGUCAAGUCCAAACAACCUCCUCGUAGAGUUAACCACAAACAACUCUUUCCCAACGCAUAACAACGCCACCCCCCUCUUCCCCCACCCCUAUUCUCAUCCCUCCCACUCAUCCUCCUCAUCCACAAUAACCAUGGACGACACCGGCAGCAACCCCCCCAUCGCCGGUCCCUUCCAGCCGGCCCAUCCACCCACCCUCGACAACCCCAUCACCGAGGCGCCGGCCCCGCACACCACCCCCGUCGCGCCCGGCACCGCCGGCAAGACGGGCCCUGAUGCCGCUGCCCAAGGCAUGGGCGGCGGAGCCAGGGGUAGUUUAUCGAGCGAAAGCAGCAAGUUGAUUGACGAGAGCACCAAGCUGUUUCCUAAUGUCGCGGGGGCUGCUUCUGAAGCGUUCAGGAGUGAGCGGAGCGCGAGUACGUCUUCGACUACCAGUGUGACGGGGAGUGAUCGGCCUAUGGGGAGUGCGAGUACGGUUACGGAGGUUCCGUAUGGUAGACGGCCGUCUCACGGACAUGGAGGACAUCAUGGACUCUUUGAGGGCUUGAUUGACCAGAAGAGAAGGAACGAUCCGGCUAGUGUUGCGAGACGCCAGAGUUUGAGUGAGCAGAGGCCGGUGCCGCAGGGGUUUAUUGCCAAGAUGUGGGAUAACUGGGUACGCGGUGCCCCCCCUGACAUCUAAACAAAGUCACUUUUCUUCUUUCCCUCUCGUCAGCAUUGUCUUUUUCGUUAUCCAAACUGAAGAAGAAUGUCAAGAUGGGUGGAGAUCCAAAUUGUACGAACAUAUCAUUGAAAUAUGGAACAUUGCAUGAGGGCAGGCGUGACGGAGGAGAUGUAAUGGGCAUUAAUGAUUGAUUGGGAUCGCUUGAACGGGAUCAUUAUGUGCGGUGGUUGUAACUGAAGGUUGUCCUUGCCCGUCUUUUUCCCAUCUCUUUUGUCACUUGAUUUGUCGCAUUUUAGGAGUAUGAUGGUUGAUUAUCGGCCUGCCUCAAUUAUGGUCUUUUCUUUCGUGUGUGUUUAUGACGAUGUAACGAACUGAUAGCAUCAAAUGAAUGCUAAAAGAUUGUGCAUGGA